CGUGGGACUUGGUGUGGGUUGUUAAUGUGUGGAAAUAAACAAGAUUUUAUUCAGUUGAUGUUCUGAGCUCGGCGGGAGCGCACGUCUCGCGUACCAUAAAACUGUUUUGUUUUAGUGUUUUUGUUAAAGGGUUAUUGCCCUUUCGCUGCAAUAGUUAAUCAUGGGUAAACUCCUCCUGGUCUUCCUCGCCGUGGGAGUGGGAGCAGCCAUAUGGUGGAGCUGCAAGUGUUGUCACCCCCCCAAACCCCCUCACAUCAACCCCGACGAGUGGUGGGGGCCAAACCAGUUGAAGGGCAAGGCAGACGCUAGCAUCAAACCCUUCCAGGUCAAAUUUGAUGAGGCGAUGGUCAAAGACCUGAAAGCUCGCCUGAAGAACCACAGACCGUUCGUGCCACCUCUAGAAGGAGCCGCCUUUGAGUACGGCUUCAAUAGCAAGCAGUUAGACGGCUGGCUCACCUACUGGGCUGACAAGUACCCGUUUGAGGCUCGGGAGAAGUUCAUGAACCAAUUCCCGCAGUUCAAGACCAAUAUACAGGGACUGGACAUUCACUUCAUCCGGGUUAAGCCUCAGGUUCCAGCGGGCGUGAAGGUCCUCCCCCUGAUUCUGAUGCACGGGUGGCCGGGGUCCGUGCGAGAGUUCUACGAGGCCAUACCGCUGCUGACCAAACCCAGAGAUGGGUACAACUUCGCCUUUGAGGUCGUCGUCCCUAGCUUGCCUGGAUACGGGUUCUCUGAUGGUGCCGUGCGUCCAGGGUUGGGAGCCACCCAAGUAGCAGUAGUGAUGAGGAACCUGAUGCACCGACUCGGCUUCAAGAAAUUCUACGUGCAGGGCGGAGACUGGGGCGCGGCGAUAGCCUCUGCUAUGGCCACUGUCUUCCCGGAUGAGAUCCUCGGACAUCACAGCAAUAUGUUGGUUACUCAGCAUAAGUGCGCAACCCUGAAGACAAUUAUCGGAGCCUGGUUCCCAUCGCUGAUCGUGGAACCACAUCUCGCAGACAGGAUGUAUCCUCUGUCCAGCUUCUUCGCAUACCUCAUGGAGGAAUUCGGAUACAUGCACAUUCAGGCCACUAAACCUGAUACUGUUGGCGUUGGCCUAACAGACUCCCCAUCAGGUCUUCUCGCGUAUAUCCUGGAGAAGUUCUCCACGUGGACUGUCAGGGAACACAAGUCGUUGCCCGAUGGUGGGUUGACGAAGAAGUUCUCCAAAGACCAGCUGAUCGACAACCUGAUGGUCUACUGGACGAGUAACUCCAUAACCACUUCCAUGAGACUGUAUGCUGAGACCAUGAGCAAAAAGCACAGGGAAAAUGAUUUAGAGAACAUUCCCACCCCUGUACCAACGUGGGCUAUUCAAGCCAAGUACGAGGUCAUGUACCAACCUGCCGGCCUGCUGAAGCACAAGUAUACCAACCUUCUAAACACAACUGUCGUGGACGAUGGCGGACAUUUCUUUGCCUUCGAAAUGCCUAAGGUAUUCGCCGAAGAUGUUUUCAAAGCAGUGAAAUCCUUCAUCGAGUUCAAUGAGAAGAAACCCAAGACUGAACUGUGAUCGAGUAAAUGUUUUAUAUUGGUUGUUGUAAGAUAAGUAAACAGGUUGUUAACAUUU